AUGAUACAUGACCAUAAUGAAGACAGUUCGCAUUUGGAGAAAUCAAUGGAGCUCCGAGCCAUCCACCUACUUCAUAACCAUAAUUUAGAACAUUUGUCUCACAGCAACGCUAUUCAAACAGCUCACUACACAUUUUUAAAUUUUAUCCCUAAAAACAUUUUUGAACAAUUCCAUCAGCUAUGAUGCCUCUGAUACUUAUUUAUUUUAUUGCUUCAGCUAUCUUAUUAUGGUGAAAUCGACAAUAAACUGCUCGUCCUGAUCCCAUUUUGCAUUUUAAUUCUUUCCAGACUUUUGUCAGAUGGGUACUUUGAUAAAAGAAGGCAUGACUUUGACGAUAAGUUAAACAACCGAGAAUAUAGAGUAUUAACCAGCGACGGCGACAUAAAUAAGAAAAGCAAAGAUAUCUGCGUAGGGGACUUGAUUUUGCUCAAGCGAAACGAUAUUGCCCCUUCAGAUAUGAUUAUCCUAUGCACUAGCAAUUACAAACAAAAGUUUCACGUAGACAUGACUGAUAUCACAGGAGAAGCCCAAUUUGAUAUAAAAAAGCCGAUAAAAGAAACGCGUGUGGCUUCUAAUUCAAAUGAUAUUUUGGAGACUGUUAAUGAGCUGUCGAAAUAUUCGGCAACCAUUAAGGUCCCUGAAGACCCUAGCUGUAAAGCGUGUGGAUCAAUUAAGUUGAAAACAAAUCCCAAGUCAAUCGAGCUAAGAGAAAUGAAUUAUAUUAAAAGUGGGGCGAAAAUCCUGGGAAUCGCGUGGAUUUAUGGAACAGUCAUCUAUACUAACUCAGAAUUAAAGCAGCACCAGCACGCCAUAUACUCUUCAUCGCUUUUUGAAAGAAGCACCAAUAGGGUUGUAUUUUGUAUGAUGCUAUUAACCUUAUUUUUAGUAUUUUUGAGCUCGAUGAUCUGCAUUUAUGACUUUGGAAUGGUGUUUAAUGAUACAGCUCAAAAAUUCACAAUUAAUGCUAUUUUGCUUUUCCAUAGACUUGUUCCUCCGUCUCUUCUAUUAUGCAUCAAAGUUAUUCAAUUUAUUUCAAUUUUGAAAUUUUCGAAAAAAAAUCCUGGAGUGCAGUUUAAUAGCUUAAUCGCUUCUUCGUUAGCGAAAAAAUGCUUUUGCUUGCUCGUUGAGGUGGUGAAAUAUUAUUUAUUUUUUUUUUAAGUUUAAUUUACUAGUUUAGAAUACAAAAUUUUAGAUUUAAUAAAAUUAGAAGAAACUCACUAUAAUAAUCAUUAUUGCAUAUAAAAAUUUUUAUAUUAAAAAAAAUUUUUUGUUCAAUUAGAGGGUUGAUUUUCCAAAAAAUAGGAUUUUCUCAGCGGCUUGCUCACUUAAAAGAAGGAGUUAGAAUUUUGCGAGGAAUUAGGACAGAUAGAAUAUAUUUUAACAGACAAGACAGGAACACUCACAGCAAACGAUGUCCACAUAUCCAUUUUUGUCUUAGAUGGAGUGACCUAUUUGAGGGAAUCCCCAAAGCAUCAUCAAAAUGAAAACAGCAAAGCCUUAUUAGACUCUAUUAAUUUCAGUACUUUUUCUGACCUAAGAGAUGAAUUGCGAGGCUCAAAGGACGAUUUUUCUUUGUCUUACUAUUUCGUAAUGUGCAUGGCUAUAUGCAAUCAGUCAAAUACAUCAGAAGAAAUGGAUUGCAAUACUUUAUCUAUAGAGGAUGAAGCCAUGAUUGAAGCAAGCUAUGACUUAGGGAUCAGUCUAAAUUCAAGGUCCAAUAAAAUCAUCAAUUUAAGCUGCUUUGAAAGCGAUGUUAUUUUACAGAUAAUGAGCUAUAAAAGCUACUCAGAAAAAUCUCAUAAGUCAAGGAUUAUUGUGAAAGAUUCUUUCAAAAAUGAAAUUAUUUUGUAUGUCAAAGGGACUAAGUCAGAGAUGCUGAAGUCGCUUGUGGUUUCUCCAAACUUUAAGCAUUAUUUAGAAAAUAACGGGUAUGAGAGCAAAUUAAAUGGGAAAAAGUUAUUUUAUUUAGGGUACAGAAUAUUGAAAGAGGAAGAGGUGGAAGAGUUUACAUAUAAGCAUAGAAUAGCUAAGCUCUCACCUAUAAACAGUGAAGGCAAAAUUGAUGACAUUUUUUCUGAUUUGGAAUCUGGGUUAAGUUUUUUAGGGAUCAUUGGGCUUGAAGAUAAAGUUUUUGACGAUACAAAAGAAACAGUCACCACCUUAUCAAAUGCAGGAAUUAAAUUCUGAAUGCUGAGCGGAGACAGUGAAGAAAAUUCCAUCUGCGCAGGCAUUUCUGCAAAAUUGGUCGACCCUGACAUCAAAAUGGUCAAACUAUCAGAAAUUACCUCAGAAAUGGAUUGUAUGCUUGAAAUUGUCAAUCAAAUUAAAACCAAUUUUAUUAAUCUUGACAUCUCAGUUCAAAAUCACAGUAUGGAUAUCAAUCAAGGCUAUCGGAAUUUAGAUGAAAACCUUGCAAGUAGUUCAUAUGAUGAAGAGCCCAAACAGAACAGCAGCAACUCGACUGCUAAAAGUGAAUUGCAGACACAUCGCUUGCACAGAAUUCCAAAAAUUGUGUCACAACUGGCAGGAACUGAAAUAAAGAUACCUAUUUUUAAGCCUUCUGUUCAUGAAUUAAUAGACUUUAAUUUAUGUGUGGAUAGAACGGCUUUGAAUUUUGGACUGAGCUCAGAAGAAAACAGAAAAUAUUUUGCUAUUUUAUUGGCAGCAGCCCGAAGUGUAUGCUUUUAUUCACUCCUGCCAGAAGAUAAAACAAAAAUCGCAAAAUUUUUAAGGCACAAUUUUUCAUAUAGUCCUACAUUUCUUGCAAUCGGAGAAGGACAUAGUGAUUUUGGGAUGAUUCAAGAAGCCCACAUAGGGGUUGGGAUAGUUAAUUCAAGCAUUGCCCAUGCAGGGCAUUUAUCAAUUACUCGAUUUUCACAGCUAAAAGAACUGCUUUUAUUCCAAGGGCGUUGGAAUUAUUUAAAGAUGUCAGGCAUGGUAUUUAUAAUUUUUUUCAAGAAUUUUAUCUUGGUUUUCCUGAUGUUUCUGCAUUGCGUAGUUGGAAAAUCAUACGGUUAUGAGCUGUUUGGAGAAGGGAUGAUAGCUGCUUAUCUUUUAUUUUUCACAAUGAUACCAAAGCUGAUAGUUGGAAUUUUUGAUGAAGAUUUAGAUAGAGAUCAAGUAGAAAAAUACCCACAAGUGUACAGUAUUUACAUGAAAAAUGCGCUGCUAUCGUUGUGGCAGUUUCUGUAUCUUGUUAUAAUUUCAUUUAUGCAAGCAGUAGUAAUUUAUAUUCCUAUUUUGUAUAUUACUAGCACAGAUAGUGAAGGAACAACAACCAGUUUAGCUAUGAUUGAAUGGCUGCUUUAUUUUAUAGUCACUGGGGUUUCUCUGUUAUUUAUUAUCAAUGAAACUCAAGCUUACAACUGAUGGAUAGUCAUUUCUCACAUUAUCUCGAUAGGAUUUCUGGUUCUUUAUAGCACUCUUGAGUCUUGGUUUAAUGAAAAUGAUAUUUCAGGAGCUCUUGAGGUCUUCAACAAUUCUCCUUUCUAUUAUUUUUAUAUUUUGUGGGCUUUAGGGCUUAAUUAUUUGAUUUUGUAUACAUGGAAAAUUGGUGUCGGAUUAUUUCAGCCCACUUUGGUUGAUUUCGUUAAGGCAAUGAAAAAUUUUGAUUUAUCAGUCAAAAUUAAAUCAAAAUUUGAAAUUUUUCAGCAAAACUUGGAAGCUAUUUAUAAGAAAACGAAAAAUACGAAUCAGCUCAAUGAUACAUUUGAUCUCAAUAAAAUCACAAUGAAAUUUAUAUCAGAAAUGAGAGAAGUGCAAUAUCUUGACGAUAAUAAAGGAAACCGUACAAAAAUAUAUAAGCUUCUAGUCUUUAUGCUUGACAUUUUACUCAUCAACUAUUUAAUAGAAUUGUAUUUCGACGUCAGCAAUAAACGCAACUACCUUUAUUUUAUGAUUAUAAAUAUCUUAAUUUUCGCAGCCAUAAUAUGCAUCAUUUUUUCAAGGUAUUUCCAGACGAGCCAGAAAGCUGUAAUAAUUUCAACACGCGGCUUUUGUGUAGUUAUAUUAAUCCUCUGUACAUUUCUUUACAAUACAACUGACUUUAUUGUCUUUUUAAGCUGACCUCCGCUGUUUGUAAUUGGCACAAGUAUUUUUUGAAUUGAAAUGGUUAUCAUUUCUGCAGCUGGCGCACCUGUAAUGAUAGCCAUCGAAAUCUAUUAUAUAUUUCAAAACGUGCCAAGCUCAAAAGCCUUAAUCCUUUCUCUGCAAUUUUCAGUUCUAUUCAUAUCGAUUUCUCUUUUUUCAUCUUUUGUAGCGUAUUAUUCAGAAAAAUCGAAUAGAAAAAGGUACAUGCUCAUGAAGAAAGUAGAAAUUGAAGUCGAAAAAUCUCAGCACGUCCUCAAUGUUGUCUUACCUGCCUUUGUAAGGAAAAGAGUCAAAGAUGGAUGCAGGUAUAUAGCAGAAGACCAAGGAAUGGUGACUGUCAUUUUUUGUGAAGUUUGUGAUUUCGAAGAAAUAAUUUCAGCUUAUCCUAAUACAGAAAUAUCGUAUUUUAUUGAUGAUAUUUACAAAAAAUUCGAUGCAGUAUGUGAGUCAACUGGAGUCACUAAAAUUGAAACUGUAGGAAAAGUGUAUAUGGCUUGCGCAGGGCUGAAUGAUAGUGAGCAGGAGCUGUCUGCGUCUAUGAGAGCUGUUUCUCACUCAAGGAGAGCUGUGGAAAUGGGCUUAGGAAUUAUAAGUGCUGCAAAAAAGAUAAGACUUAGGAAAGGGAAAGCUUUGCAAGUAAAAAUUGGAAUUCAUACAGGGUCAGUUGUAGCUGGGGUCGUAGGAUUUCAUAAGCCUCAGUUUUCUCUUGUAGGGGAUACUGUAAACACAGCAAGCCGAAUGGCUUCAACUAUUAUUGUGCCCGAUACAAUUCAAAUCUCUGAUGAGACUUACCAGAAUCUCAGUGAUAAAACUGGUUUAUCAUUCAGAACCCAAACAAUUCAAGUCAAAGGCAAAGGAUACAUGAAAACUCAUUAUGUCAAAGUCGGAUUUCAAGAAACACGUUCAGGCCACCACCCUCCUUACCACUUUGCUUCAAUGCCAACCCAUUUAGGAACAACUGAAAACCAUUCUCCCAAAAGAAACACUGAGCCGCCACAUGUUCGGUCUUCAACGAUGAGAAGACAGUCAAUUGUGUUUUCAGAGCUCGAAUUGGAAGAUCCCAACAUGCUUUUCGAACGAAAAGAGUCCAACAUUAUAGAGCCUGUCAAGCUGGUUUCCUGAAGAUUCUUUGAAAAUGAAAAAGAAAAAGCGUUAAGGAUACAAAUGACAGAAAGCAGCUACCCAAUUUAUUUUGCGGGGAUCCUAAUUAUUACAAUUUGCAACUUAUUGCUAAUGGUAUUCAGCUGUUUGUAUGCAGCAUUAGAGCCAGAUGAAGAUAAUUUUUACCUUUAUACAAUCUUUUAUGCAAUCCAAUCCUUGAUUUUUGGUGGACUUUUAGUGUUUCUGAAAAACAAUUUCAAAAAGUACUGAUUUGGGUGGAUUUUACAGUUUUUUUAUUUAGCUGCAAUCAUUUGGAUUGUCUUGCUCAACAUUGAAGCUAAAGAUAUUUAUGAAGAAAUUGUUGUAGAAUCAUACGCACUUUUUAUGAUCUUAGCAUUAAACCAAUGCUCAUGCAGUUUUUUCAAGAAUACUUUUCUUGGAUCCAUAUUGGUGUCUCUCCUUCAUAUUAUUUCCUUAAUUGUAAUUGAUUGAAAUUACCUCCGCUAUCAUAUUGAGUUCACAGUAUUUUUUAUCGCUGUUUCCUUAAUUACAUCAUACCACAGAGAAGACGACUUGCGGAUUUCUUUCGCUUUAGAGCAAUACGCCAACAAAGAGCUCAAAAAAACAGAAAAUUUGCUUACGCAAAUGAUGCCGCCCCAUGUGUAUCGCAAUUUAAAAGAAGAAGUAGCCAACACAGACACUAUUACAGAUGUCACCAUUUUGUAUGCAGAUAUUGCUGGCUUUACUGCAUGGUCAUCAGACCAUAAUGCUAGCGAAGUUAUUGGCAUGCUUUCUGAAGUCUAUACAAGAUUUGACAAAAAAUGUGUGGAAAAUAACGUCUAUAAAGUUCAUACAAUUGGAGAUUGCUAUGUCGCUAUUGGAUUUGUGGGAAACGAAAGCAGAGACCCUGCAAAAGAGUGCCUGAAUGUGAUAAAUUUUGCACAGUCUCUGAAUGCAAUUAUAGAUGAUGUAAAUGACGAGCUAGCAUUGACACUUUCAAUGAGGAUUGGAGUGCAUACUGGAAAAAUCAUAGGAGGGAUUGUCGGAACUAAUAUAGUUAGGUAUGAUAUUUAUGGGGAUGAUGUGCUUGUUGCAAAUAAAAUGGAAAGCAGCGGAGUCCCUGGAUCUAUCAACGUCAGCGAAGUCACAAAGAAUCUGAUUGAAAGCUAUAGGCCAGGAAUGUUCAAUUUUGAACUACACAAAGAGCUUGAAAUCGACACAAUAGGAAGGUCCAUUAAAACUUUUCUAAUAAUUUCAAAUUAUGAAUAA